AUGGGUUGCUUCUGUUCACGAGAAAUUAUCGAUUUUGAUUAUCUUCAACCACUUGUAUUACGAACUCAACAAGAUUCAAUAAUCUACAGUGGAACGACUGAAAGAGGUCGAUUGCAAACGUUAGGAAAUGCCGAAAUAGCUUUAACUGAAGAUUGUCUAUAUUCACAAGUAACUCGAACUGGUUGUUGUGGUGAUCAAGGCGUAUUACGUAUACCAGUCUUAUCAGUUAUCGGAAUUCGACAACAAUCAUAUUUUAAUAAACGUUAUCGUACUGAUCAUCCACAUAUGGUAUUAACUUAUGUAGUAAGAGAUGAACAUGGUAAACACGAAUAUCAUGUUGGUUGGCAAAUGAAUGACACUACAUUUAAUCAAUGGAAAGAUGCAAUUUUACGAAUACAAAAUCGAUAUCCACCUUCUGAAUUAGGUUAA